CCUGUUACAGACGCAAAGCAAAAGAAAGAACAACCAAAAAAAGUUUGCGGAAAAGUGCAACUAAUAACAUAAUUAAUUGCAGUGCAAUCAAUUGCAAUGCUUAUAAGAGAACCUAAAUCACAUAAAAUGCGCUGCUGCGUAUGACGACAGCAUUUUCAGAUAGUCGUCUCUGGCCAAGUGUGUGUGCGUGAGCGCUCGCUGCUGGCAAUCCAUCACAUCGCUCGUGUCCAGCAGCAGCAGUCGUCGUCGUCGUCGUAGUCGUCAUACGGAAAAACGCGCCAACGAACGCACCACCUCUUCGCCUACAUCUUCGUGGCUGCGAUCACGCGCCGCGCCCGCCACCCCACCACCAGCACCAGCACCACUCUCGCCCCAGCCACGCUUAUAGAUGAUAAUGGUGCGCAGGAGAGCGCGGCCCGCCAAAGAAACUGGUGGUGGCUCCGCAGCGGCAGCUGUUGCUACCGACGGAGCUCUAACCAUGGACACUGCCGCCGCUGUGGCCGUUGCGGGCGGAAAUCAUCUACUCGAUGACCAAUAUUUUGCCAGCCCCAAGCGGAAAGACUGCCGCCUGAUGAAGGCCAGUGAAAAUCUCAAAAUCUCCUCGGAUGUGGUGGCAUUGGAGGAGGCGAACAACAAAGGCAACAAGCCAACAAAGGCGUUAACGGAUCGAACGAUUGGCGUGCCGCUGGCCACACGCUCUCAGACACGCACCAUUGAGAACUUUUUCAAAGCGAAUGCAGCCACCAAGUGUGGAAUCCCAUUGAAUACACAUCAUGAGCCAAUUGAAGAGCAAAAGACAAUAUCCACAGAGCUUGCCUUGUCCGACGAGCUGGGAGAUGAGGAGUUGGAGCGGGUUGUGGGGGAUCUGCUGUACGAUGGCCAUUCGACGGCCUCUUCCGAUUCGCCUUCCUACCAGCACGGGCACGAGCACGAACAUGAGGAGGAAAUACAACAGGACACAUUUCAAAUGCGCGAGACCAGUCCCGUGCCCUUGCUGAUGGCCGACUUCCAGACACAUCGCUCUGCCCUGCGGGACAGCCACAGCUCGUCGCACAGCAGCAGCAGCAGUGGCGGGGCCAGUGCUACCACAGACAAUAUCUUCCUGCAGGAGCCGGUUCUGACGCUGGACAUUGACCGCACGCCCACCAAAGCCUCCAGCAUUAAGAUCAACAAGAGCUUUGAGCUGGCGAGCGCCGUCUUCUCAUCGCCGCCUUCCGUUCUGAAUGGCUGCCGCUUCAAUCAGAUUGUCACACUCAAUGGCGGCGGCGGCGACCUGUUCGAGACGCCGCCAGUUGCCCUAGCCCAGCCACAGCCGCACCACAACGGCUUCGAAUUGGACCAACAUGAUAGUAGUUCCUGCGACAGUGGCGUCGCCUGCAGCCUGACCGUGUCGGCUGAAUCGCCGGCCGCUGGAGGAGCAGCUGCGGCUGCGCGUCGCCGCAAACCAGCCACACCCCAUCGCAUACUCUGCCCCUCGCCGAUCAAGACAUUGCCCCGCGAAGGGGGGGGAAUGAUUGUACCUGGAGCACGCAAGACUUCCGGCAUUAUGAUGAAGGGCGAUCUGUUGUCGCCCAGAAAGUCGCCACGCAAGCUACCGACAACGACAGCAGCGGUUGCCGCCUGCAAGUCGCGACGAAGACUGAAUCAGCCAAAGCCACAAGCGCCUUACCACCAGCCCCAGACACAGCCACAGCCAACGCCAGGCACACAGCCAACGAACGAGGACAUUGUUGUCAUCCUCGAUGAUGACGACGAUGAUGAUAAUGUGGAUCAGGAGGAUGAGGGAGAGGAAGAUGAGGACGAUGUGCAUGCCUUAAUAAAGGCAGCCGACGAGCUGGAGAACCUGAACAAAGUACCCAUAGCCAUCAGCAUCAAAAGCAACAAUCACGUUAAAAUGCUCAAAGCGGCGCCAGCCAAGCCAAGGGCUGCCCUUACCAAGGGAGGCUCGUCCAGGACCAAGACCGGCUCAAAGAUCCAACCUGGACCGCUGCCCCUGGCCGCGACCAAUGGGAAUCGUGAGAUGACAGACUUCUUUCCGGUGCGGCGGAGCGUACGCAAGACCAAAACGGCCGUCAAGGAGGAAUGGCUGCGCAAUCUGGAGCAGGCAGUGCUCGAGGAGCGCUCCGAGGGUCUCCAGGUGCGCAACUUCAUGGGCAAGGGUCGCGGCGUUGUCGCCGUGCGUCACUUCAAGCGCAACGAGUUCGUCGUGGAGUAUGUGGGCGAUCUGAUCUCGAUCAGCGAUGCCACCGACCGCGAGCGACGCUAUGCCCUGGACGAGAACGCCGGCUGCUACAUGUACUACUUUAAGCACAAGAGCCAGCAGUACUGCAUCGAUGCCACCGUGGACACUGGGAAGCUGGGCCGCCUCAUCAAUCACUCGCGUGCUGGCAAUCUAAUGACCAAAGUGGUCGUGAUCAAGCAGCGUCCGCAUCUCGUUCUGCUGGCCAAGGAUGAUAUUGUGCCGGGGGAGGAGCUGACCUACGACUAUGGCGAUCGGUCCAAGGAGUCGCUGCUGCAUCACCCUUGGCUGGCCUUCUGAGGCAGGGAGUCCAUGGAGAAGCCCUAACCAGCAGGGAUAGGGAUGCCAACGGGAAACGGUUCGGAAAAGGUUCAGCUUUAAGCAGAGACUUGCAAGGCCACCAAAACGGUUAAAAUCGAUGAUGGCAAGAGCUACAAACUGGUUUUUGUGUUUUGUUUUCUUAGCUUUUAUAUAUAUGUAUAGAUCCAGAUCCCAUUAUGCACUGAAACCAACCAACCAGAAACGCAAAACCAAGACGAAACCAACUUCCAUUCAAAGACUGUUUAAACCUCGAAACGAAACGAACCGAACCGGUUGGCCAUCUCCCAGCGCUCCCCCUCGAAUUUAGUUUUUAUUUGAGGAAAAGUAUGAAAACUGUUAGUUCAAAAUAUCAUAAAGGAUAGCGACACCAACACCACACAAAACACACGCGAGAGAGUAUACAUACAUAUUUUCUGGAUUUGUUAGCGUUUUAUCAUUAUGUUACGAGCCAGGCUAAUUGUAAACACAGAGAGAGACGAGACAGGAGACAGGAGAUGCGACGGAAAAUGAUGAUGAUAAUAAUAACUAAAAGAAAAUGCGCUUAAACAUUAAGGCAUUCAUCUAGAGUUAAGGAUAACGAAAUGAAUAACUGUUGAACAUUUAGACGCAAGUUGGUAUAAAGAUUCCGACUGGAAAAUGCUGAAUGGGUCUCCAACCACAUUUGGCCCACAGAUCGGGGAUCGUAUGCUAUUUAUAAAGAUAUUUAUAUUAGAUACAUGUGUAAUUUCGAACUAUUAUUAUGUACUAUUUACUGCCAUAGUGCUACACAGCCUCGCCCUCACCCCACACCCCAUGCACGCCCCGCACACAUGCCACACACAACCAUUCAGGACACAUAUGCAUCCUCCAGGAGAGUAGUGGACUGCUGGGACACCUAGUGCUUCAAAUUGAUUGAUAAUCUCUGCCUCUCUCUCUCACCCUUAAGCCACACCAAACUUAAGCAGGUUUCAAUCACACACACACACACACCACACAUAUAUUUAUAUAUUGUAAACAAAAAUCCUAAACACCCCCCUGCCCUUCCUGUUAGCAAAAAAAAGUUCAAACUAAAAAAAAAUGACAGAAGCUUCUCCAAUAAUUGUUUUUCUUCACAUUAUUU